AUGAAUGUCUUCUCGAGGCCAUUGCGGUCUAGCAAUGGUAUCCUGAAGCACUGCGCACAGUCGAGAUCUUUUUAUUGGCCUUCCAGGUUCGCCCGGCAGCCGUCGUCGUCAUCUCAGAAGUGGUCCCAUCCCCCAAGCUCGACGACAGUCGCCGAUGAUGAGGUAUCGACGCUGGCCAGCCAGCCAUUACAUACGUUAAGUUUAGAAGACUUGGUGAAACACGGGCGCCCUCCUCUCUCGACAGAAGCCUUAUACGCCUCUGCAAACUUCACCCUGUCCCUCCUCCCAAUCCGUCUGGCGCACCGAGUCGAAAGUCUCCGGAAUCUGCCUUUCAUUGUGGUGUCCAAUCCUAAUAUAUCGAAGAUCUACAAUAACUACCUACAUUCCCUGUCGACCUUGUUGCCAUACAAAUCCAAGUCGAUAUCGAACCUCGAAGACGAGAUUCGAUUCACAUCGGUCCUCGCAGACCUUGUGGAGACCCAUUCCCAGACCAUACCGACGCUUGCUCGAGGCUUCUUGGAAUGCAGAAAGUAUAUCAAUUCUACAGAGGUCACACGCUUCUUGGACGAGCAUCUGCGUGCUCGAAUUGGCACCAGAUUAAUUGCUGAACAACACAUCGCUCUUCACGUCUCGUCCCAGCCACAUCAAGAUACCAAACCAGCUUCGAAAAGAUCAAAUAAUGGGACAUCCUAUAUUGGUGUAAUAGACACUGCCCUCCAACCUGCUUCAGUCAUCAAUUCCUGUGGCAACUUCGUCUCCGAAAUAUGCGAGCUCAACUAUGGUGUUCGACCGACCUGGAUCAUUGACGGUGAACCUGACACAACUUUAGCGUACGUCCCUGUUCACCUCGAAUAUAUAAUCACCGAAUUGCUGAAAAAUGCGUUCCGCGCCACUGUUGAGUCUGGAAGAUCACACGAACCCAUCGUCAUCACAAUUGCCGCAGAACCCGAGAACUCGAGGCGUGGAUCAAGCGCGGCACAUCCAGACGGCCUUGGGCGCACAUUUGGGACGAACGGGAAUCCAAUUGAGCCCUUCGAAGACUCGGCUCCUGGCGUGACGAUAAGAAUUCGGGAUCGAGGAGGAGGCAUCAGCCCGGAAGUUUUACCCAAUAUAUGGUCCUACUCCUUCACAACAUUUUCAGAAGAGGAUGAACUCCCUGGUAGCGGCAACAUGGAUGCGUUGAACGCCAUUUCAGGUGCGGGUGGGGAAGGAAGUUCCAUUGCUGGUCUAGGAUAUGGAUUACCAUUAAGUCGAGCGUACGCAGAAUACUUUGGAGGCGGAAUUGCAGUGCAGAGCCUAUACGGAUGGGGUUGCGAUGUCUAUCUACGAUUGAAAGGGCUCGGAAGACCGAGGUGA